CAGUUAAAGUACGAACGAACGAAUAAUACAUAAAAAAUACAUAAAUAAACCACUUAUUCCUAAUAAGAAAUGUAACUACGACUUAAAAAUUAUUCAGUUUAAAAUAAAUCAUUUGCGUCAUCUGUAGGAACUAGGUUAUGUUAUGGUAGUGCAAAUGUAAACAAAGUUAAAAUGUCCAACCCCGGAACUCUAAUUCCUUUUGAUUUAUUGACUUAAAAUUUAAUGUUGUGUUAAUGGAGUGCUUGUGAAAAUUUCAGUGAAUGCGGCAUAAUGCUCAUAUCAGAGCACCAACGCGAUUUUUGCCACUGGCUGGCACAUAUGAGAAUGUCCAGAAUUGUGAUUUUAGUGAUCGCAGUGUUAAUAUUCACACCCGUUAUCAUGCAUUUUUAUUUAUCCAGGAUAGAACGUUCUAACACAAACUCAGCUAGUCUUUUGUCGCACAUAGAUGUGUCCGACGAUUUUAAUUUCAAUCAAAAUUUCGAUCUCAAAGUGGGUGUAGAAGAAUUAAUAAGGAUUAGAGGGUCAGUUUUGAGUGAAUUAAGAGACAUGGAACAAAAAAGACAGAAACUAUUGCAGGACAUGCAAUCCUACACCAAAACAAUAGAUGAACUGAAACAGGAGAUAAUCCACCAACAAACUACUCUCAACAGGUUAAAGAUCUCAGUAGAACAAGCCCAAGUUGCUCAAAUGGAAGCCCUGCAACAGAACACACCAGAUUUGGCACUGCCAAAGAAAUUAACUGCUAACAUUCUUCCUGAAAAUCUGCCACCUUUACCAGCAGGUUUGUCGAGAAAUUGCAGGAUGUUUUCAUGCUUUGACCACUCCAGAUGUUCCCUAACAUCUGGAUUUCCAGUCUAUUUGUAUGACCCAGAUCAGUACCCAGUCAUGAACUAUGGCUGGGAUGUGGAUGGGUUUCUAAAAACAACCCUGAAGCAGACUUUGGGGUACAACCCACACUUGACCACAGAUCCCAAGGAGGCCUGUGUUUUUUUGGUGCUAGUUGGGGAAGCACUUAGAGACACUGAUGAUGUCAGUGACAAUGUAGGUAACCAUUUAAAUUUGCCACCUUUGGAUUCAGCUGCCUUGAAAAGGCUUCCCUAUUGGGGUGGAGAUGGUAGGAAUCAUGUUUUGCUUAAUCUGGCCAGGAGGGACCUAACUGCUGCAUCAGGAGAUAUUUUCUCCAACAUAGAUACAGGACGUGCCAUACUAGUCCAGUCCACCUUCACGUAUAAAAACUUCCGUCCCGACUUUGACCUGGUUGUGUCGCCCGUUUUGGGCCCGCCGGGCGGAGACGUAUGGCAGGAAUGUGCCCCCAUGGUCCCGAGCAGGCGCAAGUACUUAUUGACUUUCCAAGGUGAAAUGAAGAGUCACGGUUCCGUUCCUACUAACGUUUACGGCCCCGACGAUUCGGAUAUGGCCAAAGAAAAUCUGGAGCUUGACAAGUUCAUAUUGGAACACCUGAAAGACCUAGAAAAGACGAACACGUCCGAUAAGUUCUUGUUUGAGUUUGAAUGUGUGUUGGCCAGCGACGACAAUACGAAUACUGCCCCACAGGAUUGGGCUCUGUGCGGUACAGAUAGUUCGAGGAGGGCGAUACUGAAGGAGUCGACGUUCGUGCUGAUUUUCGCCCCCGGAACCCCGGAGUUGAUCACCACCACUCUCCUUGAGGCUAGGAUUUAUGAAGCACUGAGGGCUGCAGCCAUACCCGUCAUAGUUGGGGGCGACCAAGUCACUUUGGCGUACAAUGAGGUCAUACAGUGGAGAAGGGUGGCUAUUUUCCUGCCCAGGGCCCGAAUCACCGAGUUACAUUUCCUUUUAAGGGCAAUACCUGAUGAGGAUGUAAUUUUGUUUAGGAAGCAGGGCAGACUGGUGUGGGAAAAGUAUCUGGCCUCAGUGCAAAGCACCCUAGACACUAUCGUGGCUGUGCUGCGCAACAGGUUGAACAUUCCGGCCAUCCCGGCGGAAACCGUGGCGGCUACGAGCGUCUUCAACGAGACAUUCCAGCCUAUUCUGGUCUCUGUGGCGGUGGACACUGAACAGGAGGAGAGUUUGGGUCCAUUGGAGUUACCCUAUAACAGUCCAGCUUACAGGAGGAACUACAGUUUAAUGUUGACCCAAGGACAUGAGAUUUGGAACGACUGGGGUGACCCUUUUAGGUUGUACGCCGCGACGCCGAUGGACCCAAUUCUGCCGUCGGACGCCAAAUUCAUGGGGUCGGGGAGAGGGUUUAGGCCCAUUGGUCAAGGAUCCGGAGGAGCUGGAAAGGAAUUCUCGGAAGCUUUAGGAGGAAACAACCCCCGCGAACAGUUCACAGUUCUGUUGCUGACCUACGAGCGUGAACAAGUCCUGAUCGACUCCAUAGCCCGUUUGCGAGGCCUCCCUUACUUAAACUCCGUGGUGGUUGUGUGGAACUCACCACGUCCCCCGAGUCCAGAGCUCAGAUGGCCCGAUAUCGGAGCGCCGGUUCACAUAGUAAAGGCGGCCCGAAAUUCAUUAAAUAACAGGUUUUUGCCUUUAGAUAUUUUGAAUACGGAGGCUAUUUUAUCUGUGGACGACGACGCCCACUUACGCCACGACGAGAUUCUGUUCGGGUUUAGGGUGUGGCGCGAGCACAGGAGCAGGAUUGUGGGGUUCCCCGGGAGGUAUCACGCCUGGGACGUCAACACCAAAAACUCCUGGUUGUACAACUCCAACUACAGCUGUGAGCUCAGCAUGGUACUUACUGGAGCAGCCUUCUUACAUAGGCAUUAUUUGCACCUGUAUUGGAAAUAUUUGCCCCAGGCAAUUAGAGAUAAAGUGGAUGAGUAUAUGAACUGUGAAGAUAUAGCCAUGAAUUUCCUUGUUAGCCACAUUACAAGACAACCUCCAGUAAAAGUAACAUCUAGAUGGACUUUCAGAUGUCCAGGAUGUCCACAAAGUUUAUCAGAAGACGACACACACUUCCAAGAAAGACACAAAUGCAUUAACUUCUUCUCACAAGUUUUUGGAUACACACCGUUAUUAAAUACUCAAUUUCGGGCAGACUCAAUACUAUUUAAAACUCGAAUACCGCAUGACAAGCAGAAAUGUUUCAAAUUUAUUUGAAUUUAAGUUUUUGUAUAUACUUUUGUAUAGAGAUGCAAUAUUUAUGAUUGUGAUAUUAAUUAACGUGCCAUUUUCGCAGCGUAGAUUUUUAAUUUUUAAUAACGUAAUUUUUAUACAUUUAUUAUUAACUUUUUUAUUUGUGUGUGUAGAUAUUAGGCAAUAAACUGUAUAUAUAUUGUAAGUCAUCUUA